AUGCCAGGUGGUCCUGAGGAUGGGACUAUUAUCCCUAGUUUUGGUGGUCACAUGGCGUCAUAUAUAUGGGGCGGGAAGGAGCGAAAUGUUUGGCGCUGUUUGAGUAGGACACAAUUAUGUUCUGAAUUGGUUAAUUGGCGAGGUCGUCUUGCACAGGAGCACCUCGAAUUGAUUGAUGGCAGUGGUCUGUCUCACUUACCUGGAAUUAUGUUUAAGCGUCUCGACUGGUCUUUGAUUUAUGCUUUUGUUAAGAGAUGGCAGCCAAAUACGAACACAUUUCAUAUGCCAUUUGGGGAGAUCAUGAUCAUGUUGCACGAUGUGUACCAUAUUCUUGGGCUUCGUGUUGAUGUACUAGGAGGCUCACUGUUUUUAUACAAGAGUGGUAACUGCACUCAUCCUUCCUUCCUCCACGAGCUUGUUGUUGAAGGUGUUACAAUUAAUGAGUACUCUUGGGGUUCAGCUACUCUAGCCUACCUGUAUCGGCAGUUGGGUACGACAUCACGAAAAGAUGCUAAUUCGAUCGCUGGUUGUCUCACGCUUCUGCUCCACUUGAUUUACGAGUACUUUCCGUGCUUUCAGCCUCAGCAGGGUACCUUGACGAGGGAGCUUGAUAUCCCUCGUGCGUCUGCUUGGGAUGUUGGAUCGGGAUGCCCAAACAAGAGCAUGGAGCGUCUCUUAGCUUUUCGUGCUAGACUCGAUGAGCUGACCGACCGUGAGGUUAACUGGCUCCCGUACGGAGUUGAUCCUGCACGGCACGUGCCACCCACUUUAUUUAUUGGCUGCAUCCAGUACCAUAGCAUCAUUGAGUCGUACAUGCCUGAUCGAGUGGUUCAACAACUUGGAUUCGUGCAGGACAUUCAAGGAGCAUUAUCAGGCCUGAGAAGGUUAAGAGACCGACCAACUUGA